CGAUCAAACAAUCAAUAUCGCGACAGUGAUUAAUAUCGGUCUGGGCGCUGACAUGCCUGUCCAUGUUGAUGAGAGCGAGAUCGGACUUUCCGACAAUUGUCGGUUUAAUGGCAAGUUCUUAUCUCUGAUGCGGAAUGGAUCCGCAGGCUUAUGUGUGCCUGAGAGGUCAACAAUGACAGGGUCUUUAGGUUCCUUGCACUUACCGGCAAGAAUUGAAAGGAUGCCGCAGGCAGAUUCUCUGACACUCCACUACAAUUGCGUGCUUUCCGUAGCAUACGGCCUCGUUAUCAAUGCCGUAUCAUGUGCUUUCUGCCCUGGGUGGUGUUCGUGCGUUGUUCUGCAGGACGUUGAAAGCCUAGCCUUGCGCUUUUGCUCUUAAAUGACCUGGUUCUUCAAGGCAAACAAUACACUGCCAACGAACACAGAAAAACCCAAGCUCUGUUGAAGAUCCAAGUGGUAAAAAGGGAAAAUAUGACUGAACUAGGUCAGCGGCGAGCCGACGUGCCACCUCAUCUCUUGCACGAAAAGCUACCGACCGCGGCGACUAAGACAGAAGCAAUUGUGGUCGAGAAGGAGAUUAAUGCGCAUGAAACUGGGGGCGCCAAUGCUUCUUCCACGUCCUUCGAGCUAGAAGAUCAUCCAAUAGAUCAACCCCGCGAUUUAAAAGUAGCUGUUAUUGGUGCAGGAUUGUCAGGUGUAUUAGCUGGUUCAUUAAUACCUGCAAAGGUACCUGGACUGAACUUGACAAUUUUUGAGAAGAAUGCCGAUGUUGGCGGGACAUGGUAUGAGAACGUCUACCCCGGUGUGAAAUGCGAUAUUCCGGCAAAUGUAUACCAGUCAACCUUCUCGCCAAAGACGAAUUGGUCAGAAGAGUUUGCGCCAGGCGGCGAGAUCAGGGAUUAUUGGCAGAGCGUUGCGAAAAAGCACAAUGUUUAUAAACAUCUAAAGCUCAAGCAUAAGGUACAAAAGGCGGAGUGGUUGCCCGAUAGCUCCAAGUGGAAAGUGACCGUCGAAAAUCUUGCGCAACCAGGAGAGAUACAUGAGAACGAGUUCGAUAUCCUGGUCACUGCGAUCGGCCGCUUCAAUGCUUGGAAGCUACCUGAAUACGAUGGAAUACAGGACUUCAAAGGAGAGCUUUUUCACUCGUCUCACUGGGAUAAAAACUUUUCUGCCGCAAACAAGCGUGUCGCGUUGAUUGGAAAUGGCGCCUCUGGACUUCAGCUUCUACCGGAGCUGCAGAGAGUAGCCGAUCAUGUGGAUCACUAUGCACGCAACACCACGUGGAUUGUUGACGCAUUUGCAUCUGCUGCGGUCAGAACGAUAGAGCCAAAGCCGUUUUCCGCAGAACAGUUGAAGGAAUUUGCAGAUCCAGAGAAGUAUCUAGAAUAUAGGCGAAAAGAAGAAGGCAGAUACUACAGAAGAUUUGCUGCCAUAUUCAAGGACACUCCUGAAAACAAGCAGCUCCGAGAGACAUGGACAGCACUGAUGCUGAAGCGGGUGGGCGAUAAACCAGAGCUUGCUGACAAGAUCAUUCCAAAUUUUCCGCCAAACUGCCGCAGGCCGACGCCAGGGCCGGGAUACUUGGAAGCGCUUGCCAAGGAAAAUGUGGACUACAUUCAGACACCAAUUCAGCGCUUCACCGAGUCGGGAAUCGUUACCAAGGAUGGGUUUGAGCGAAAGGUUGAUGCAGUCAUCUGCGCCACCGGGGCCAAUAUCGAUCUGGCCCCACCAUUUCCUGUCAUAGCAAAUGGAAUUGAUCUCUCCCAAGCUUGGAAGCCUGGCGGCCACUUUGGGUUCCCGUACACUUACCUGGGAGUAGCCACGCCUCAAAUACCCAACGCCUUUUGGAUUGGAGGUCCAAUGUCGACGGGACAGAGUGGAACAGUUCCUAACAACGUCGAAAAUCAGAUAACGUAUAUUGCCAAGGUGAUUCGAAAGGUACGGAGCCAAGGCAUUAAGACGAUAGUCCCUUCAAAGGCUGCUGCCGACGACUUUAUCUCGUAUAGUGACGCUUUCUUCGAGCGCACUGUUUGGACAGCCAACGAUGACUCGUCAGAGUACAACAAAAAUUGCAGAUCGUGGUAUAACGGCGGAGUCCCUGGUGGCAGACCUCACGGUAUUUUCCCGGGUAGCGCAAGUCACGCAAACUUUGUUCGACGAGAGCCUCGAUGGGAGGAUUUUGAGUAUACACAUGUUAAUCCCAGUGGUAAUCGGUUUGCCUAUUUCGGAAAUGGAUGGACAUCAAAGGAGUUGCAGGAGGACGCAGACUUGACACCAUACCUGAGACUUCCCUCUGAAAUCGAUCUUCGCUCGUAUCAUGAGGGGUGGUGGGAUCUAUAAGAAAAAAUAAUAGAAAGCAAAACCUAGUUAAAAUUCAGGUCUGGCAAACGAGUUAUGCAUGUCAUGCAAUGAUUUUCUUCCGUUUACAAUAAGAGGUGAAAAUAAUGUAUAUAUUUGCUGAGUCUCUAAAUGAGCUGGCCCAAUGGUUACUUAGCGUGCAGAUAGGAUAUUACAAAAAGGAUUUACGUCUAAGCGAUACUAUAAUAUUCAUCUACCCUG